GCGGAGGGGGAGGCUGGCAGGAAUGCAAAUCGCUGCCUCUCUGGCAGCCCAGAGCCCGCACGGCCCCGCCGCCGCUCGCAGCUCAGCCCCGGAGCCGCGGGGGCAGCGGGCGGGGUCCCCCUCGGUUCCCCCCGCCCCUCCCGGCUGGCGAAGGCUCCGCAGGAGGAGGAUGAGGAGCGCCGGGAAGGGCUGCGGGUGGCUUAGAGGCACCUAGGACAGGGGGGACAUGGCCCCGCUGCUGGCCCUGCUGCUGGCCGCCCUGCUGGCCUCGGGCCGGGCGUGCCCCGAGCCGUGCGCUUGCGUGGACAAGUACGCGCACCAGUUCGCCGACUGCGCCUACAAGGAGCUGCAGGCCGUGCCCGCGGGGCUGCCCUCCAACGUGACCACCCUGAGCCUGUCGGCCAACAAGAUCAGCUCGCUGCCCCGCGGCGCCUUCGCCGAGGUGACCCAGGUGAGCUCGCUGUGGCUGGCGCACAACGAGAUCGCCGCCAUCGAGCCCGGCGCUCUGGCCGUGCUGGUGCAGCUCAAGAACCUGGACAUCAGCCACAACCAGAUCGCCGAGUUCCCCUGGCAGGACCUGCGCAACCUGAGCGCGCUGCAGCUGCUCAAGAUGAACAACAACCGCAUGGCCCUGGUGCCGCAGGGCGCCUUCCGCACGCUCAAGGACCUGCGCUCGCUGCGCAUCAACAACAACCGCUUCGCCACGCUGCCCGAGGGCGUCUUCGACUCGCUGGGCUCGCUGUCGCACCUGCAGAUCUACAACAACCCCUUCGAGUGCUCGUGCGCGCUGCAGUGGCUGAAGCGCUGGAUGGAGAGCACGCUCAUCUCCAUCCCGGAGAAGGACUCGAUCGCCUGCGCGCUGCCCGAGCGCCUGCGGGGGGUGCCGCUGGCCAAGGUGCCGGACUUGCAGUGCGCCGCGCCCACCGUGCAGCUCAGCUACUCGCCCAACCUGGACGCGGCCGAGCUCUUCGACGGCUUCACGCUGAGCCUGCACUGCGCCGUGACCGGCUCGCCGCCCCCCGAGCUCCGCUGGAAGAUCCGCACGGCCGGCCAGAGCCUGGAGCUCAGCGGGAGCCCCCCGGAGAGCGCCGGGAAGGAGCAGCCCCAGCAGCAGGAGCCCGAGCGCUUCCUGGGUCUUCAAGAACGGCACCUUGGUGAUCCCGCACUUGGAGUAAGCGCGAGGAGGGCACCUACACCUGCGUGGCCACCAACGAGCUGGGCAGCAACCACACCCUCGGUCAACGUGGCCGUGGCGGGCGCGCAGAAAUACCCGCUGCAGCCCGGCAGGGACCCGCUGGGCGGCAAGGGCCAGGCGGGAGACAAGAAACCCGGCGCCAAGGGGGCGAAGAACAGCGUGCUGACCCCGGAGGAGAGGAGCAAAGCGCUGGGCCCCACCCGGCAGAGCCGGCCCUCGGCGGCGGCGGCGGCGGCGGAGGAGGAGGAGGAGGAGGAGGAGGGGACGGAGCUCGAGGGGCAGGGCCAGGGCCGGGUCCCUUUGGAGCCGCCAGCCUUGGAGAAGAAGUGCGGCUCGGCGGCGAGCAGCACCAAGUACAUCUCCAACCACGCCUUCAACCAGAGCGGCGACUUCAAGCAGCACAGCUUCGAGCUGGGCGUCAUCGCCCUGGACGUGGCGGAGCGCGAUGCCCGCGUCCAGCUCACCCCGACGCAGCCGCGGCCCGGCGGGGGCCACCUCGGGGUGCUCUACCUGUGCCAGCAGGGCCGCCGGGGCCACGCCCUGGUGCAGUGGUCGCGGAUCGAGGCCGGCGUGAACUCGUACUGGUUCCAGGGCCUGAACCCCGGCACCAACUACUCGGUGUGCCUGAGCUACCUGGGCGAGGAGUGCCAGGUGCAGGUGGUGUUCAGCACCAAGAAGGAGAUCCCGUCGCUGAUCAUCAUCGUGGUGGUCAGCAUCUUCCUGCUGCUGCUGGCCACGCUGCCGCUGCUGGGCGCCACGUGGUGCCACCUGCUCGCCAAGCUGCACGGCAAGCCCUACAAGCUCAUCAUGAAGGCGCAGAACCCCGACCAGAUGGAGAAGCGCAUGGCCGCCGACUUCGACCCCCGCGCCCCCUACCUGGAGUCCGAGAAGAACUUCGAGCCGGCGGCCGGCGAGGCCGAGGAGGAGGACGAGGAGGACGAGGAGGAGGAUGAAGAAGGAGCGCGGUGGAGGCGCAGGAGGGAGGGAGAAGGCGCGGCCGAGCUGGAGCGGGAGGAGAGCGUGGCCGCCAGCUCCAUGGCCGAGUCGCAGUCCAAGGGCGGCGCCGAGGAGUUCGAGGUGCGCUCCGAGUACAGCGACAAGCUGCCCCUGGGCGCCGAGGCCGUCACCAUCUCGCCGGAGAUCAACGGCAACUACCGGCAGCGGCCCCGCUGAGCCCCCGAACCCCCCCCGACCCCGGCCCCGGCCCCGGCCCCACCGCCCCCCGCUCGCCCAG